AUGAAUGAUUAUGUGACAAGGAAGUUUGAAGCUUACUUUCGAGCAAGCCAAGCUCUUCAGAGGGUCGCUCCCCACUAUAUUGGGGGUGGCUCCAUAGCAGGUGGUGAUCAAAGGCCAGGGAACUCGAGCUAUGAUUGGGAGUCUAGCAACUGGACCUGGGCCCGCACGAACAGACCAUCAGCUGAACCUGAGGAGCAGAGCCGCAGAUCGAGCGUGAGCUCUGAUGGCUCAACUGAGGUACCUCCCAGCGGAGCUCCAACAGCUACUACCUCAACCUGGGAUGAUGCAGCCUGGCGUCAGUGGAACUCACAGUGGAACCACUGGAGUUCCUGGUCUGGGUAUGGCAAUUGGGAGUGGAAAUCAGGCCACAGUGGCGCGGCGCCACCGAGAGACCUGCAGAUGCAGAACACGGACCUGCUGCCACCUUUCAUCCAAGGGUGGUAUCUGCUGGCUGAUGCGGGCCUGGACCACAACGAGAAGAACCUGGUGAUGACGGCACUGGGUGGCGACUUCAAUCCACAGAGGGUUGCGCAGGAGCUGCGCAACCAGUUCCCCGACGGAGAAGUCAGACGCCGAGACCAGACCCGGAGAUACCAGAGCUACAUGGGGGAGUUCCUGGACGAGUCUGAGGACGACCUCGACAUAUCUGGUAACACGUCCGAGGCUCUGAUCGAAGAGGGCCUAACCUCCGAGGGUGUGGCAUUGGUUGUGGACGCGGAGUCCCAGGCUCAGGAAGCACUUGCCGCUCUACAUCAAGCUAGGCGGACACUCAAGGAGGCCAGGUUCAAGCAACAUCAAGUGAAGCAGAGCCGCAGGUACUACCAUUCAGGCUCCCAAGGGAAGGGCAGCUCAUCAAGUGGAGCCGGUACUCGAGACGACUCCAACUUGGACUGCCUGAGAUGUGGCCAGCGAGGCCACCGAGCAGCGAACUGUCCUCACAAGCCCGUGGCUGCCCACACCGAUGGUGGACCGCAUGGUGGCUCAGGAGAAAACCAACAGGCGCCCUUUGUGUGCUUCGCGGCACCAACCACUGGGAGGCCAUUCGCAGGCUUUGCUCAGGACACCUCCAAGGCAGGCAGCGAGGAGGCUUAUGGAGCCAUCGGCUCGCCGGGGGCCCUGACCACAGCGGAGGCGGUCAAGCGGGGAAUGUGCGUCCUGGACGGUGGUGCCACCCAGACCAUUGGGAGCAUAGCAGCGCUGGAGGCCGUGAUGACCGAGAACGUCCGCAAGCAUGGCGUGAGCCGCUUGAAAGCCGUUAGUACUCAGAACACCCCAACUUUCUCCUUUGGGAACAGUUCUGAAGACAAGUGUUUAAGCACGGCCAAGAUAGGAGUAUCUGCUAAUGGAGUUCUAGGGGAGCUCAGUGCACAUGCCCUAGACAAGGGCCAGAGCCCAAUUUUGCUAAGCGUCGAGGCGCUUAGGCGUCUCGGCGCGGUGAUAGACUUUAAAGAAGACCUAGCUGUCUUUCGUAGCCUCGACUCGAAACGAGUCGUGAAGCUGUCCCGGGGGCAAUCGGGGCAUCAACUCUUACCCCUCACCGAAGACUGGCUGGCGGACAUGGUUUUGGCCCUUCGCAGUUUUGGCGAGGAGCCCCCAUCAGGGUGGACCAAGGUGGACCUGAUGUGUCGAUUGGGGGAGCUCUCCGACUUGGGGGAGAUCGAGAUGAAGUCCGGGAAGGCGGCCAAAACACCGCUGCAACAGGCAGUGUCCGAGCUCAACAAGGCGAGCCGCAAGAAAUCAGAAUUGGUGCUUCAUGUGGAAAAGAACCUGGGCAUGCUGGUGAGCCCGAAUGCCACCAUAGCCACCAUACAGAAGGCAGCUAUGCAGCAACUCCUGGCAGACAUCCCGGGUGCCGAUGGCGAUGUGAUGGGCUUCGGGAAGUUCUCAGAGAGAACAUACCUGGAGGUUUGGAGCACGGAGACGUCAUAUUGCGGUUGGGCCAAGGACACCUACAAGGAGGAGAGCACGUCCAUCUACCUGAGGCGUUUCGUGGAGUGGAUGCUUCAGAAAGAGGUCUCGGGUACCAAGCCGAAGGUGGUGGUGGGAUCGCCCAAGAAGAAGUCCAACCCCACCAAGAGCCCGUACAAGAUGGAGGCCAAGUCAGCGACAAUGGAGACACCAUCGGCGAGUUCGGCUGCCAGCCCGGAUGCUGUGACCCAGCUCACGGCCAUGGUUGCUCAACUCGCCACCGAGAUCAAGGAGAUGAAGGAGGAGAGGGCGAGCGCCCAGCCGCGCAAGGUCGCAGCGACCCAGGACAUCCCGAUGGUCCAGAAGCCCAAGGACUUCCGCUUAGUCAGACCACUGCCAGUGCUCUUGCACACAAGUCUCAACUUGUAG